AUGCCCGAGGAAGACGACGAUGAAGUGACCAAUGAAAAAGGCGAGCCUUCUUCAGACGGGCAGAGCUCGAAAGGCGCACGUGCCAAGGUCAAGGGCAAACUCAAGUCCUUCUGGAACAAGACUGUCGUCCCAGCAUUUCCCGAAGCUGUUGCGGAUAUCUCAAUCAUCAAGGCCGCGUUGAAGGUCGAGGCUACCAUUACCAAGGAGCUGAGGGAUACCAAGAGGCAUCCCGAAGUCGCUCAAAAGGCAACGGUAAGGAGAGGGUUGGGACUAGCUCCAGAGGAAUCACAAUUUCGUGAGCGAAGAAAGGUCAAGGUGCGGGACGCUUUCUGUCGUUAUCUCGACCUUGACCCGGCCGAGGUCCAUGUUGACGACGUGCCUGUCGUAGCAUUUGGUGGGUCGGGAGGAGGAUAUAGGGCCAUGAUCGGCAUUUUGGGAUAUUGUGAAGAGAUGAAGCGUACAGGCAUGUGGGAUCUGUUGACUUAUGUGGCUGGCGUGAGCGGCAGUUGCUGGGCUCUUGCAGCAUACUAUACGUGGGCUGGGGCGAGUAUGAAGGCAGUGAUCGAGCAUUGCCAGAAGAGACUGCAUCCGCAUCAUCCCUUAUCCCCGGAAGCAGUUCGCGAGGUGCUCAAUGCACCUGGUGGUCCAACAAAGACGCUUGGUCCCCUGAUCCAGAAGCAUCGCUCAGGGCUGUCAACGGUGGCGAUGGAUUUGUAUUCUGUAUUCACCACAGGCCAUCUGUUUCUGAACCACGAUCCCGCCCUGGAGCCGCCGGGCCUCCGUGGAAGCUUUGGCGUCAAGAAGGAAGUAGCAGGGCACCAUGAGAACUGGCUGAAGUGGUCAUCGGCAAAUAUGCAUCUGCUAGACGGCAGCGAACCCUUCCCAAUUCUUACCGCAAUCCGGCAUGAACGACCGUGGAAGGACUGGGUGGACAAGGAACAUCCCUUCAAGAAUGAAGAUCCAAAAACAAAGGAGCAUCAAGAGGCAGAUGACGCCUGGUUCAACUGGUUCGAACUCACGCCGAUCGAGGUUGGAUGUGACGAGCUGGAGGCUUGGUGUCCAACAUGGGCGUUUGGCAGACCAUUCGAAAAGGGCCAAGAUACCAUGCAACUUCCCGAACAAUCUCUAGCAUUGCUGCUAGGCCUGUGUACCAGUGCGCCAGCGGGACCCUUGACUUCGUACCUUGCGACCAUCAAACGCAGCCUCCCCUCGGGGUUUAUCGGGAAUUCAAUCAAUGACAUGGCCAAAGGCAUUGCGCGGAUGUGGGGACCAAAGGGGAAAGAAGAGUUUCAAGCUCAUCAUCCUCUGCAUGCCGUCAAUGAGCACAACUUCAUGUUUCAUCUGACCCGUGGUGAGAACAAGGACAAGCCGUCACCACCGAUCGAGAACUCCCCACGAAUCCACCUGAUCGAUUCAGGGAUGGACAACAAUUGCCCAACGUACGUCAUGUUGCACCCUCGCCGGGAAGUCGAUGUGAUUCUGAAUAUGGACGCCUCGAGCGACGUGUUGAAAGGCACUUUCCAGGAGCGGGUAGACCAGAUUGCCAGCCGACGGUGUCUCAAAUAUACCAAACGACACCCUGAACUGGAAGCUGGCGCCGACCCCAAAGACCCGGACCGCUUCAAGGGCUUAUACGCACAGAUCUACGACGGCAGUAUCCUCGUAGACAGGCCGAAGAAAGUGAUUGACUCUUAUGGGCACGAAGUGUCCAAUCCUCCGGCACCUCCAUGCCUCCAUGAGUCGACCAUGAUAUAUCUCCCAUUGCUGCCAAAUCAGGGAGCGGUGGCCGACUUUGAUCCGUCCACUGCCAAGUUCUCCGGCUCGUAUAACCUUGUGUGGACAGGUGAGCAGGUCGAGACGCUUAUCAAGGUGUGUUGUGCCAACUACAAGGCCGGCGAAGAUACGAUCAAGACUGUGUUGAGGGAGCAGUGGCAGAAGAAGAAAGCGAAGAGAGAAGCAGCUGGUGAGGCAUCUUCUACUCAUCCUCUUGCUGAUCCUACUGGACCUGCUCCUUCUUCUUCUUCUGCGCCCUCUGCUGAAGCGCCUGUCCAGCCCUCGUAG